AUGCUGUCCGCUCCUGUUAAAUCGGCCAAACGAAUCUCCUCCCUCUUCUCGUUGGGUUCACAUAAAGAUGCGUCGAGUCCUACGUCACCGCGCUCGCCGAGUCUUUCCAGACCGUCGCCCGAUCAGAGCUCGCACGAUACGCGGCCCCGAAGUAGCUCCAGGCCAGCCCGUCUAUCGUCUGCACCCGCCGUGCCGAACUUUUCACAUCCUGGCCAUGGUGCCUCGCCCAGCCCAAUGAAGGACAACUUUGAGGACUUGGAUGCUCCGCUCCCGCCGCCUCCCUCUCUUUAUGCGGUGAACUCGGAUCUGGCCGAAAGCACAUCCAACUCUCCCGAUGGUAGACCUCAGAGCAGGGGCCGACGUUUGAGUAGCAGUAGACCGGGUAGUUCCGGUGGCCUGGCUGUUCCCAGCGGUCCCGAUUCACGGCCCGGAACGCCCUCCAAGAGACGCAGUUGGAUGCCUGGACGAGCGCGCGCGAGCUCGAUCGAUGUGCGGUCCAGCCCCCAGCUGCCGAGUGCUUGGAUUGCUGGAUUAGAACACAAGAUUCUGUAUGACAUGGGCCCCCUGGGCCGGGGAGAGCAGAUUCCAGAAUUGUGGAACGAGACCGGCGACACAUACGUUUACCUGUUCCCCCAGAAUACCGGCAGACCGCCGUCUUUCAAAAUUCAUUCUACCGUCUUCGCUGAUUCAGCUUCACUAAACUUCCUCGCCCGUGGUUCCGACCCGAGAGCCACCGGCAGCCUUGAGCGCCAGGCGCGAAGUUUAUCCCUGAACCCUAAUAGCACACCUACCUCGCCUCUUACACCCCACAACUGGAAUGAUAACGAUAACGACAGCGCCGGUAGUAGGCGCAUGUCGUUUGAGGAUGACACGCAAGAGGAGCCCCAGGAACUUCACCUCUAUUUGCCAAUCCCGCUGAAUAGUGAUGUGUCCAGUGAGGGCGCAGCUAUCUCCCAAGAAGACUUAGAGACGCUCCUUCUCUUCCGAAAUCUCUUUGCCUUCCUCCUAGGCCAGUCCUUGAUUGCAACACCGCGGUCCUCGUCGUUGUUCACAAUUUUCAUGGAUAUCGCUACCCUACUGGCUCGCUUUGAAUUCACUAAUUUGGACGGAUCCAAUUUUGGUGAAAUUGCUACAUCUAGCUUUAGCAAUUAUUGUGAUGAGCUUGCACUAGCUGAUGUUCGUAAGAGCAGAGAAAAGACAAUUGAAGCUAUUGUCUUGGGAGAGCGACUUCGAUUCUACCCGCUCUACCUGGAAGGGUUUGUGCACGGUGUUGGUAAGCUGGACGAGUUAAAACAGCUGAGGAGCCCUAAAUACGGGUUGAUCAGUGCUAUAACCCAGAAGCGACUUGAGCGCGGGUUCAUCGAUCUGGACGGUCGUCUGAAGGUCUUGCAAAGUAAGCUCAAUGACUUUGAGUUCCCUUCAAUCUUUUCCGGCUCCGCAAAUUCCCAAACGACCGCUGAGAGCAAGGUGGUGCGGUACAAAGCAUGGAAGGCAGCCUUCCUCGAGUUCCGGCGAUUUCUGCUUCAGUACUACCGUCAGAAAUACGGGUCGUGGCCACCCAAGCCAUCACGAAAGAACCAUUUUGAGGAGAGUGGCUUGAACCGUAAAGUCGCGAAGGAAGUGUUCGAGGACAUGUGCAAUGUCUACGACAUGCUGGUCGACCGCACUGCCCUCACCGAUCGAACACUCGACGUAACGCCGGUUGCUGACGAAUCGGCCAGCCCGGCAGAACUUCAGAAUCGUGCCCUGCGGAUUGUGCUCAGUGAGUAUGAUCGGAGCACACCACCAGUGCAGCCUCCAAUCCCGUUCGAUAUUCCCCAAUAUCCGUCUCUGCAACCGCUCCUGCGGAAACCGCUGGAUCCUAAGAAGGAAGCGAAACAGAUGACGAAGAAGUUGAAAGAUUCAGAUGUUAAUGCCGUGCUCAUGGCAUCUUAUACUCGUGAAAGUCUGAAGCCGACGCCGUUUGUUGAAGCUUUCAUGCAGUUUGAACGGCGCCAAGGCCAUGGCAAGUCCCUUAACGACUUGAUUGACCUCCGAUGCGGCCAGUGGAUUCUCAUUUACUGCAUUAUUCAAGCACUACCGCUGGUCGUUGUUGAUGUCCAGGACGUUCGUUAUACCGACGACACGGAAUAUUUCCUGUGCAUUGCUCCUCGCGGCGGCGCACCUUGGGUGAACAGUGACGGCAAGGUUGCCCGUAGCUGGUUCGGCGUUGCCGGCGGCAAUGGUCUCGUUAGCUUACCGUCCGAUGUGGUCGUUAACGGUGUGGAAGGUGUCUACCGGCGCAGCCAUUGUUGGCAAAUGGCUGAGCAAUGGGCCGAAAAGGAUGCCAUCUUGGGGCCGCCCACAGUUGAUGACCCGUAUGAUAAUGAGUCGUCAAUCUCAUCCCCAUAUCCCGCACACCAAUCAUCUACCGGGUCAUCAUCUGAGCAUCCCGCGCACCUACAGCAACCGAUGCCUGGACAGCAGAUGCCUCCUACUCCGCUGCUGACCCCUGGAGGUGGUCUUGCGCCGCCACCUGCUAUUCCGCGAAUGAACUCGCCCGCUCUACGUGCAAGGGCAGAGCAUCGGCACUCGAUCAAUCCCGGUCUGGAGGCGCUGCCAUUACCAGCCGGUGUGGCUCCGAUUGAUCCGCCCGCACGGCCCGUCAGCAAGUUCAACCCCAACAUGAGCUUCGACGACAUCUUGAAACAGGUCCCGAACCAAAAGGGCAAGAAAUGAUGUCCCUUUAACCGAAAUUGUACAAUGUUUGAGGAGGAGCUAUACUAUCAACAUUGCAUUUUAUUAUACACCUUAAUAACUCUCUUUUAUCAUCGUCAUCCAUGUUCUCUGUAAUGGUACAGCAGGCAGGACUAGGACGGGGACGGCGUACAUGCGUGACAAAAGAUAUUCAGCUGAUUGUUUGCGGCGAGCAUUUUGAUUCCGGGAUUUGCAUUCAACCUUGUCUUUUUUCCCCUCCCUUACCUUUGCUUUUUGGAAACUGCUGUUAGACGCGGUCUCCUGGCCUUACAUCCUUGCAUUCACUGGAUUCCCACGAUUCUCGACCCGUCGGAUUUCUGUUAUAGUAGAGCGAUAGAGUAAUAAAUAAUUGUGAU